UGACGUCACAUGCGGGGAUUGUUGUUCUGGAUCUUGCGAGCUCGGCUCCACUUUCAUCUCUGAGGUCACUGGUAUCGGAGAGAAGGGAGACUCUGGAAAAUGAUCAUUGUUUUGAGUCGCUCGGAGAACUGGUCGACUAUGUUUUUAAAGUGAGAAAUGGAAAAGCUGCCUAUUACAAGAUAGACACCUAUUAGGUUCCACACGGUGCCGGUGAUCUUACAGCACUUCUGUCUGCCUGCAGUACCUUUGAAGUAGGGGCAAAUGCCAAACACUUAGACGAAUCUGUUUCUCCUUACAAGAGGGUGAGAAAACCAAGUUGCCAUGGGAAACCAGCUGACAGAGAUUGCCCCCAACACACCGUUCCUGCCUAACUUCCAGUCCCUCCACGUUGUGGUCAUUGGUUUGGACUCUGCGGGCAAAACCUCGCUUCUCUACAGACUGAAGCUGAAGGAAUUUGUUGAAACUAUCCCGACCAAGGGAUUUAACACUGAGAAGAUUAAAGUUCCGGUCGGAAAUGGCCGUGCCAUUACAUUUCAGGUGUGGGACGUGGGUGGUCAGGAGAAGCUCCGACCUUUGUGGAAGUCCUACACGCGGCGCACAGACGGCAUGGUCUUUGUGGUGGACUCCACGGAGGCGGAACGCAUGGAGGAGGCUAAGGUGGAGUUGCACAAGAUUACUCGUACGUCAGAAAACCAAGGAGUACCAGUGCUGGUGUUAGCUAACAAACAGGACCUUCCAGUCGCACUGCCUGUUUGUGACGUGGAGAAGGUUUUGGCUGUACACGAACUGAGUGCCUCCACCCUACACCACGUGCAAGGGUGCAGUGCAGUCGACGGGCAGGGGUUGCAGCUCGGUUUGGAAAAACUGUAUGACAUGAUCCUCAAACGAAAGAAAAUGGUUAAGCACGGCAAGAAAAAAAGAUGAGCUGACUGUGACAGCCUCGGUGGACCCUGAGUUGUUGUCAUAGGAUUUUUGCGAAUCCCUGAAUGAAGAAAAUGCUCCAGAUGGCCCAGUGGCCAGGAGAAAACAGAUUUGACCUUUAUGUGUCACACAGUAUUGAACUGCUUUCUUCCAUGCCGAGUUAUUGCUGUGCAGCUCCCUUUUGUAAUGAAGGAAUAUGUGAUAGCAUUGAUAGGCUGUAGUAUCAGCAGAAUUUAAGCCUACGUCCUUGCCUUUUUUCUUUCUUUUUUUCCAAGCAAGAAAGAGACUGAAUCAUUGCUUAGCUAAAUAUUGAUUUUCACCAGACUUCAGGCAUCCUUUUUUCACAUACGUUGAGUUGAUUGCCAGUGCCGAUAUAAUAAAAGGCCAUAUACAUGUUCACGCUAUGUUAGUUGUGAAACUGUAGUCCAAAGCGAAUCACUGAGAUUCACUAUUCACAGAUCUACAUUUUAGUUGGAAUACCUGUUUGUUUUUACAUGCUGUAAAUAGUUUUUGUAAUGCUGUAGAAUUAAUAAAUUAUAGACGACUUUGACACAGUCAGUGCUUCAGAAGCCAUAUCUUUUAUUCCUGAGGCUGUACAGUCUUUGCUGAAAUAAAUGAUAAUCUUUAUUAUAA